CUGACAAUCACCAUACUGUCAUUCGCUGUGGCCUCAAACGUUCCAUCACAGCAGUGUUCCUAUUUUGUUGUUUUUAUUACCGUGCAAUUUCCUACGCCGAACUAUUUGUGUACCAAGCGCAUUUCACAUUUCUGUAGGUACCGCUGUAGUAAAUGGAUUUGCACACGAAGUAGGAUACGCGCUGUGAAUAUUUUGUCCACGAACAAACAAUCAAUCCGUACAAUCAAACAUUAAACAAAGAAGCGCAGCUGCUUGCAGUUCCGCAUCUGGUCUGGUUCAAUCAACUCAACCCAAUACAAUUGUGUACAAUCAUCUUCAACUGCAAGAAAACAUGGAACAUACGGACCAGGACGCAUCAAAUCAACUUCCAGACGAUAUAGAGCAAAACUUUCUAACCCAGUUUAGCUCGAUGGUUACCACGGACAAGGAAGAGCUGAUCCUUCAGUUUCAAUCGAUUGGAGAAAAUGUAAAUUACUCGACGGCAACAUUUUUCCUGGACAUGACCAAUUGGAACCUCCAAGCGGCAGUGGGAUGUUAUUUUGACUUUAUGGCACAAAACCGACAACCAUCGAUGAAGUUACUGAACGAUAUCACCGUAGGAAAGGGCGAAAAACUCACACCGAGCACAGCUAUUAAGCUUACCUGGUUACUGCAAAACAAUGGCGAUAUAGCGUGGCCGUACGGGUGCUACGUGAGCUUACGCCGAAACCCAAAUAUGAUGCAGGAAAAUUUCCCCUUAUCGUACGAGGAUCUGAAGUACUUUGUUCCUUCCGUGCCACCGAAUGAUUCCGUGUCCGUAUCAGUGCAGCUGGUCAGCCCAUCGACGGAAGGACCUUUCGAAACCGUAUGGUCAAUCUAUACCCCAAAUGGAACCAGUUUCGGAGAAAAUAUAACUUCAAGGAUUGAAGUGAGUCUGGAUGGAACGAUGGCUGUAACGCAACAAUUUUCCAGCCUUCAGACGAAUUCCACCGCCGAACAUAACCCGCAGCAAAGCACAACGGAAUCACAGUCGAACGAACUCGACGACAGUGAAAUGUGGGGAUAGCUAAGAAAAUGUCGCAUCGUAACUGUACAGCAGAAUGGAGUCAUUUUCUUUCUCUCAAGUACGUUAUAAGUAAUUACUGGUUUCCGUUAUUAUCUGUCAACGACACUGCAACGACCGAUAUCCGAUCAAACGGAUAUCUUUCCAUAGGCAAGCUAUUUACAAAAUGGUUGUUAUUUCGGAACACUUUAGUAUAUCUUGAGGCAAGGCGUUUAAAGUUGCUUUCUAAAUAACAAAAAACAGAAGGGGGAUUUAAAUUAAGAAAUUUGCAUCCAAUUCUCGUGAAGGUCUAAUAUGGUGAUCUUCCCAAAAAAACAUAUUUACUACCCGUAGCUAGAUAGUUAGUCCCACAGUUCUGAUUAGUUAUGUUUAAUUAGGAAGAAAACAAAUUUAUAUUUUUGAAGUAAUUGCAAUACCCUUUUUGAAAUAUAUUUUAGUAAGGAGGAGGUGCACAUAUUUGAAAGUUAGAGCCUUUUUUUCCUGGGGAUGAUGUAUAUGAAAGCCAAAUAUACGACAAGUCCCAUUCGUACCGCACUCCGGUACACAGGACUCUUAAGGAAAGCCAGAAAUGGACGGCCACGACCUCUCCUGAGGUUGUAGUGUCAAAUAAGAAGCAGAGUUUAUCCUAAUUUCAUCAUUCUAAAGUAAAAUGCAAAUUUAUCGUAUACUGAUACAUGUCGAUACGGAAGUUUUACAAAAGAAUUUUUUUUUAUUCAGGUAGAACGGCCUGGCCGUAUUGAUAAAAAAAGCAGAAUUUAUUUACUUACUAAUAUAUUCUGUUUUGUGAAAACUCUGCGGCCUCAGUCUUUCGUAAUGUCUCGUAUGGCAUAAAGAUUGUGUAAUAGUAUGAGUGAAUAGUGGGGCCUGACCGUGCAAUUAUAAAAAAGGACGUAGCUAUUAGGCCGAUAUAAUUUUCAAAUUGAUUCAACAAAAUUUCAAAAAGAUUACUUUUUUACAUGCAAUAACAUGUAUUACGAAAAGCUAUUUAACAAAAAUCCUCCCUGUAUUUGAACUUACAGUUCCGUUCUUCCCGAGAAGGACGGCCAUGUUUUUUUUUAAUUAACAAUACGACUUGGUCGUUAUUACUGCAAACAAAAUUUGCUAGGUAGAACCUCCGAUACAUAAAUUCACAGGUUUUAAGUUGAAAACUAAUCUGGAAGGAUUUGUUUCGCUGUGUGGUACUGAGUUGUCUAGCGACGUGGUAGAAAUGAUAAGUUUAGUAAGCCAAUGUACAGCCAGAACAAUACCGAAUUGUCUUCACACCAAAUUAGAUGGCAGAAGUAAGACUCUCCGGCUAUGACUGACACAAAUGCAGUUAGAACCAAAUAAGGAAAAAAAAACAAAAACAAAAAAACGAAAUUUUAAUUCUUCUAUCGUUUCGAAAAGCAUACGAAAACUGAAGACAUCUCAUUGCGGAAUAAAACGGAAAAUACAGCGGAAUAUAAAUGAAGAAGAAGGGAAGUAAAACCAUCCAUGGAUGAAGAAGAGGGAAACAUUGAACAGAAGAAGAACAGAACAAGAAGAGAACAGAGAAGAAAAAUUUGUCUGCAGAGUCGGGAAGC